GUCAAAAGAAAUAUAAUCUGAAGUCGAAUGAAUCGCUUCCCCCAGAGUCCUUGCGUCCCAUCUGCAAUAGCCCACUUAGCAAAUCCGACUUGUUAAGUUUGAAUGAUGUUGAGAAUGGACAAUUAAGUGCUGAAACAUUUGGGGCUAAAUGUUGUUUGAGUUGCCUGUUUCAGAUCCUUCCCAAGGAACGCUCUUCACUUCUAUUCAUUUUUACCACAGCCAAUUAUUGCCCAAGCAAAGAAUGACAAUCAUUGCAAUCGGAGAUGGCUUAGGGAGCAAAUACAAGAUUGCUUGCUUUCAGACAGUGAAGAUGGAACCUGAACCUGCUAUUUGCUCAUUGUCAACUUCUUCUGCGGAUAUAUCUUCUCACUCUAGAUGCAGCCAAAUAACAAGUGAAACAGAGGCUUUAUAUAUCGUUUCAGCGACAAGAAAUCAUGAAUGUUUGAUAUUUAAUCCAGCUUUUGCUCCUCUUUUGCUGGUAUCAAGCUUUGAGGUGAUGCAGAUUCAUGUCUGCUAUCUACGACAUGCUCAAAUGUAUUGUUUACGUCAACCAACGGUUUAACUAUCCAUCUCUUCCAAAAAAAUUCAGUGCUUUUUGGUAGUUUGUUUUGUUUUUUGCUCGGCAAAAGCAUCGUUGUUGUAGUGAGGUUUGAGCUCCAGUCAAAUGCACAGUGCCUAUCACUGGAUUACCACUCAUCGUGUGCUUUUUGGUAGCUUGUGGGAAUGAAAUAUAGAAUUGCCUCU